UGUUCCUAAUAUCCACCCUAAACCUCUCAGGCACAGCUCCAGCCAUUCCUGGUCACAGAAAGCAGAGAUUGGAGCUGCCCCUCACAAGAAACUGAGGAUUCUCCCUUCAUUCUCCUCCACCAAGUGCCCUCAGCUGCUCUUUGYGUGACUCCUCCAGAAUUUUCCCCAUUCCUGUGUCCCUCCUUUGGACACUCCAAUAUUUUUAGGAUUUUGGUACCCAAACAGCCCCCAGGAUUGGAGGUGAGCCCAGAGCAGAAUGGGACAAUCCCCUCCCUCAAUAUCCAGUGAUGCUACACCUGAUCCCCCCAGAAUGUAGUGACCCUCCUGACUCCAGGACAYGCUGCUGAYUCACAUCCAUCUCCCCAUCCACCARAACCCCCAAAUCCCUUCCCGUGUGCCUCCGGGGCUGGCAGGGGGACGGCCGCUGCGUCUUUAACGCCGUCUCAGGGCUGCGCGGAGGCAGCUCCAUUGAAGAUUUGCGGGAGAGCAGGAAGGGGGGUGUGGAUGUGGCUAUUGGCAGAGCUGUKCUGACAUCCCUGGGAACAGCUGGGAUCUGCUGAGCUGCUUCUCAGAGCCCCGAGCUCGCCGGAGCAGCCGCAAAAAUCGCGWUUUUUUAUUCGGGAGAGCUGGCGGGGGCUUCCCAGGAGCAAUAUUAUCCUGGCAAGAAUUCCUCUUGAACCGGUCACAACCAUGGAGUCUCCGUUGAAAUCGGGAAACAGCUGACGUGCUCAGAGUGCAGAACCACCACGGUGCCCCUCGCUGCGUCGGAGGGCUCUGAAGAUGUCCAACAGCAACACGGCACAAGAGUCCCUGGAAAUUAUGAAGGAAUCUGAAAAAAAGGUGGUGGAGGAAUCUGUGAACAAAACCAAAUAUGUAUCCAGGUCACCCAGCAAAGAGGAGGUGGAGAAGGAUGGAGGGGAGGAGGUCAGCGUGCGCCAGGAGUCUCAGAAGCGAACAUCGAGUCACGGACACGCCAGGAAAAGAGCCAAGUCCAACUCAAAGCUUAAACUGGUCAGGAGUUUGGCUGUGUGUGAGGAAUCCUCGGGCCCCUUUGUGGAUGGGCUGCUGGAGUCUCAGGACAUCAUCCAGCUUCACGUGAGCUGCCCCUCAGACAAGGAAGAGGARAAAUCCACGAAAGAUGGGGUGGAGAAAGAAGAAAAAGACAAGAAUAAAGAAAAAACGCCAAGGAAGAUGCUCUCUCGAGAUUCCAGCCAGGAAUACACAGACUCCACUGGAAUAGAUUUGCAUGAAUUUUUAGUAAAUACACUGAAAAAAAACCCACGGGAUAGAAUGAUGCUGCUCAAGUUGGAACAGGAGAUUCUGGAGUUCAUUAGUGAUAACAACAAUCAGUUCAAGAAGUUUCCCCAGAUGACCUCGUACCACCGGAUGCUGCUCCACCGGGUCGCUGCCUAUUUUGGGAUGGAUCACAACGUGGAUCAGACUGGGAAGGCCGUGAUCAUCAACAAGACCAGUAACACACGAAUCCCCGAGCAGAGGUUCUCUGAGCACAUCAARGAUGAGAAGAAUGCAGAAUUUCCUCAGAGGUUUAUCCUGAAAAGGGAUGACACCAGCAUGGAUCGGGAUGAUAACCAGAUCAGACUCCCCUUGCAGGAUGGGAGAAGGAGCAAAUCCAUCGAAGAACGAGAGGAGGAAUAUCAACGCGUCAGGGAGAGAAUAUUUGCACGAGAGUCUGGCCAGAAUGGAUACCUCACGGACAGCAGAGGCAACCGGGACGGGCUAAGCCGGGCCUCGGGCAGCCGCCAGAGCAGCACCGAGAGUGAAAUCAAAUCCUUGGAACCACGGCCCUGGAGCAGCACGGAUUCCGACGGCUCCAUCCGCAACCUGCGGCCUCCUGUCACCAAAGCCAGCAGCUUCAGUGGCAUCUCCAUCCUCACCCGGGGGGACAGCAUCGGCAGCAGCAAGGGCAGCACUGCCAGCAGGACGUCACGGGCAGGUUUGGUGCUAGGUGCCCCUGAGACCUGCAGCCAGUCCCCGUCCUCGCAGCCCAACCGUGGCCUCCUGCCCUGCACGGCCCCGCAGCCGCCCCCACAGCCGCCCCCACAAGCCCCUGGUCUCCCCCCAAACCAACAGCAGCCAACCAUGAGCAGCCCCAUGAUGUCCCAGCCGGUCCCGGCGCUGCAGCCCGUUCCGUACUCUCCAAGCUCCUGCCCCCAAGUCCUCUUGCCAGUCUCUCCACCCCAGCAGUACAACCUGGCCGACGAGCUCAGCAGCCCCUUUGGGCAGAUCAGCCUCAGCCGACAGGGCUCRACGGAAGCCCCAGAUCCUUCUUCGGCGAUGUUCCAGUCGUCCCUCAUCUCCCAGCACCCUCAGCAGACAGGAUUCAUCAUGGCAACCCCUGGGCAGCCCAUUCCCACCUCCAGCUACUCGGCCUCGGGGCACACGGCCCCCACUCAGCAGGUGCUGCAGCCCCAGGGCUACAUUCAGCCUCCCCAGCAAAUUCAGGUUUCUUACUACCCCCCCGGGCAGUACCCGAACUCCAGCCAGCAAUACCGACCCCUCAGUCACCCAGUGGCCUACAGCUCCCAGCGCCCACAGCAGCUCCCCCAGCAGUCCCAGCAGCCAGGUAAGGGGGUGCAAAGGGGAAAACGGGGCAGCUUUGCCUUUCCUGAUUCUUUUGUUGGCACUGUCUGGGGCCAGGUUGCUCUUCCUCAGCUCUCACUCUUUGCUGGGAAUUUGGGAAGCCUCUGUCUGCACAGGCUCUGCUGGGAGCUGCUGGUGCAGAAACUGGACUGGGAUGAUGGRGGUUUGAGCAUGAGAGGGUUCUGGUGGAGUUUUUCCAGCCUGAGAAAGGCAGGAGUGGCUGAGGAGAGAGUUUGGAGGAGGAUUAUAGGGAAGGGUGUUCAGUGGCAGGGACAGGCAGGUGCCUCAGUCCUGCCACAGCAGAGCCUGGGCCAAACAUGCCUGUGUCUGUCCCCAGGGGUGUCCCCAUCAGGUCCCGGUGUGGUGGUGAUGCAGCUGAAUGUCCCCAACGGCCCCCAGGCCCCCCAAAACCCCCCCAUGGUGCAGUGGAGCCACUGUAAGUACUACAGCCUGGAGCAGCGGGGGCAGAAGCCAGGAGACCUCUACAACCCCGACACCAGUGCUCAGGCCAGCACCCAGCUGAACAGCCCCAUCACGUCCCCCACGCAGUCCCCGACACCGUCACCCGUCACCAACCUCAACAGCGUGUGCACGGGGCUGAGCCCCCUCCCCGUCCUCACGCAGUUCCCCCGGCCCAUGGGCCCGGCACAGGGCGAUGGGCGCUACUCACUCCUGGGCCAGCCCCUGCAGUACAACCUGUCCCUGUGUCCCCCACCACUGCUCCACAACCAGCCCGGCUACACAGGACACCAGGGGCAGACUGGAAUGAAACACGGAAACCGGAGCAAGAGACAGGCCCUUAAAUCAGCAUCCACCGACUUGGGGACAAGUGACGUAGUGCUGGGCCGAGUGCUGGAGGUGACGGACCUGCCCGAGGGCAUCACACGGACAGAGGCCGACAAACUCUUCACCCAACUCGCCAUGGCCGGUGCCAAAAUCCAGUGGCUCAAAGAGACUCAGGGGCGCCGCGGGGACGGAGGCGGCGGCGGGGACAACAGCGGGACUCCGGAGAACGGCAGGCACAGUGACCUCGCUGCCUUAUACACCAUCGUGGCCGUGUUCCCCAGCCCGCUGGCCGCCCAAAACGCCUCCCUCCGCCUCAACAACUCCCUCAGCCGCUUCAAGCUGCGUGUGGCCAAAAAGAACUACGACCUGCGGGUGCUGGAGCGGGCGAGCUCCCAGUAGAGCUCCCGCGGGCACCGGGCACUCCCCUGGGCCUCUUCUCCUCCUGCCCUCCCUUCCUCUCGCCCUCCUUCCUUGAUAUAUUUAUAUGAACAUAAUUAAGAGACAAGAAGUUGAUUUUUUUUUUUUUUUUAAUUAUUAUUAUUUUUUGGAGUGACGCCCGUGUCCGCCCCCCUCCCCUGUGUCUAUGGUUUUGUUUAAGCACUGUGUUGGACCGCACAUACAGGUGUUGAUUGGUAUGUUCACUGCACAUUUUAUUUAAUCGGAUUAUUAUUUUGCGGGGGGGUUAUUUUUUGGUUUUAUUUUAUUUGGGGGGGUUGUUUUUAAAUAAAAGAAA